AGUGGCCCAAUUUACAAAGGCUAGUUAAUUAGGCUUUUGUUUUGGCUAGAGCAGUACUAUUUCUGUCGAACAAAGCUUGAUGGAUCUCACCAUUUCCCACCAUCCAGCAUUCAGCGCGUUCCAAGAGACUCCAUCGAUUAGUCCACACUCCCUCUCCUCAGAUUUGGAAACAUGGUUAAAGAUGUUUUUGAAUCCCGCAUGGUCUCAGUCUUUACAUUGGUUACAGCAAAUGGAAGAUGCCCGCCAGAAUAUGAAUAAAGCCCUUGAGAGGUCCAAUUGACUGCCAGGCAGACACAAUCACUCUAGAAUUAAACACGACAAAGAGUGGAAGUGCAGCAAACAAACGUGAGGUCUUAGUGUGCAGUGAAAUGCGAUGGUUCCGUACGGGCCUCGUGCACACACCCACCAAAGACUCCGCUGGCGUUGGAAGUUGGGGCAUCACAAGCACUACGUCAACGCCGAUCCCGCGAAGGUCAUUCCAAAACUGACCGGGGAAGCGAACUUCUGGCAAUGGAGCGAAGCUCUGGAUUGGUUCCUGAAGACCAAGGAUCCUGUCCAUAGCUUACUGAUAACAGGCAAAUACAAACGACCUACACGUCCUGUCCUCCACCUCAUGGAUGCCCACGACAAUCUACGGGCAGUUGUUGCCGUUGUCCACAACAUUCGGCUGGACGAGGUCACCGCAGCGUUGCUUGAUGAGGAAAUCAAGACUCGCACGGAACGCAACAUUACCUUAAUGGCUGAUUACCGUUCUGAAGCCGAUAAAUGGGAUCGAAUCAACAGCGGAACCGUCCUCAUUAUCCGACUAACCCGCGACCGCUGGCCCCUGCAAAGGAUCGCUAGCAUCAAAAACGCCCACGAGAUCAUGUAAUCAUGGAUUGGAUACCACCUGUUUUCCUUCGCUAUCUAAGACGCUCCAGGGCAUCGACACCUUCCAUACUAAGAUGAAUGGAUUCGC